AAGAAGAAAUCUAGAGACUAAAUUUUUCCUCAUUUGAGUAUACAGCACAUCUUUGAGAGUCAAUGUUUUUCCAGAGGUAAAAUUCAAUUCCACCUCUCCUUGGCCGGGAACCUUGAUUGUAUGACCAUCACCAAGUCUCACUUCCUUUUUAGCAUCAUAUUCAGAAAACGUUUUGAACCAAGAUUUGUCUUUACAGACAUGCCUUGCGGCACCAGAAUCAAUCCACCAUCCCUCACCGCCAUUAAGCAUGUUUAUGUCAGAUGACAUUGCCACAAAGGGCUCCUCGGUUACGUUGACCUAUGGAGUAGGCCCACGCUUCCGGAAUUUGCAAACUCUAGCAGUAUGCCCAAGCUUGCCACACACAAAACAUGUAUAGCUAUUUUGUUUUGAAGGAGGUCCUUGGUUCUUAAAAUUUUGACUUGGUCUCCCAGCAGAAUGACUCUCAUAAUUCUUUUUCACAAUUUUCUUCUUAGAUCUCAAUUGGGCAUUAUAUUUAAAAUUAUUAUUUUUGGGAAAGCUAUCAUUAGUGGCAACAAAGUUGGGAAUGAGAUUUAGUCAGGUGUACUUCAGUAUAAUUUUCUCCUCUGUGGGAAAAUUUCUAAUGGAAAUUUCAUUUUUGUAUAAAGGUCCGCCUAGACUAGACAUGCUUGGAGAGAUUCCGGUGCUGGCAAUACCAACAGAUUUCCAGUGUGCUAACUUCUUCAGGAAGAAUAAGCCUCUUCCUCUCCCAAGAGUUGGAAUCCAGCUCUCAGUCAUUGUAAAGCCAGUGAAUGGCAUCCUCUUUCGUAUCAGAGGAAAUCCAUUUGGGUUGGCAGCAUCCAAGUAUCAUCUUCCUCAGCUUGACUGCUUCCUGAUUGGUGUGCUGAAGAAAACUUUCACAGUCUCAUUCAGCAUCCACACGUUGAAGACUUUUGUGGAAAUUCCAGCCCUGUACAUCAAGCAUGAAGAAAGUGAUAAGAUCAUUUGGAUUUCUAGGCACGGAAUCAGCAUGAUUGUGGAUGGCGAGAGGAGAAAGGCAGAAGCUGCUUGCAACCAGGGAGAAGUAUUGCUGGACAAUUCCAGCGAGAUGUUGAUCAUAAGGACUAAAUGUUUCCUGUGCCUUUUCCUUUACUCAGAUCUUGGUUUUAAAUGUUCUGCUUUCCUGGGCAUGGCAUCCAGGUCAUUCUGGAUUCCUGACAUUGGUAAGAAGCUAGUAGCAGCUACACUUAGCUUAUCUUAAUAUUUUUUUGCUUUAGUAUGCUGCCAGUUUGCAAAUGCUUAUCUGCAUUUCAGUUUCUUUUCAAGUAUCUUUUUUCUUGUCAUUUCAAUCUUCUUCUUCUUUUUUCUUUUUUUUUUUUUCUCAUUGUCUUGUUUGUAAUAUGUCAACACAAUUUGCCACUAGGAUCAUAGGAAGGCAAGGCUCAUUGUUUCUCGUAAUAUUUGGUUAGAUGGGUUAAAUUGUUAUAUGCUGAUUGACAAAUAAAUUUUCAGUGCUCCA